UGGCAAUUUCCGUCAGUUCGACUUGCAGUUAGCGACCGCGUUGAACUCGCUCUUUUUUGUUUCCAAUUUCGGUUAAAACGAGAUUUUUUUCCCCCCACUCUCGCUUCAAAACCUCAUUAGACACCGAUGCCGAUAUCACACACAAAAAGAGGGUACUUUUUGAGAUAGGUACUGGUUGUACUUGUUUUAUUUAAACGCCGAAACUGUGGCGCGAGGCCCAGCGGAGAGAGCUCCGAAAAAGUUUGUUGUUGUCACGUGACGCACGAAACGAAUGUGGCGAUAAAAGUUUGUUUAAAUCGUAAAACUAGGUGGCGUGCUACGUUUUCAGAACCUUUUGAACACUGUUUUCACUACAAUGCCUCAGCCCAAGUACCGAAAGAUCGCCGUUUUAGGUUACCGGUCCGUAGGAAAGUCAUCUCUUACAAUACAGUUUGUAGAAGGACAAUUUGUUGACUCCUAUGACCCCACCAUCGAAAACACCUUUAACAAAAUGGUUAAUGUGAAUGGUCAAGACUUCAAUCUUCAGCUAGUUGAUACAGCUGGACAAGAUGAAUACUCAAUUUUCCCACAGUCCCACUCAAUGGACAUCCAUGGCUAUGUCCUUGUCUAUUCAGUGACUUCUAUGAAAAGUUUUGAAGUUGUGCAGGUUCUACAUGACAAGCUGCUAGACAUGGUUGGGAAAAUUCAGGUCCCGACUGUUCUUGUAGGAAAUAAAAAAGAUCUCCACAUGGAAAGGGUUAUCAAGCCAGAGGAGGGGAAAAAACUCGCUGAUUCCUGGGGUGCUGCCUUCAUGGAGUCUUCUGCCAAGGAGAACGAGACUGCUGUGGAGGUUUUCAAGAGAAUCAUUUUGGAGAUGGAGAAGGCUGACGGGAACGCACCUCCAGAGGAGAAGAAGUGUGCAGUGAUGUAAAAGUUGAUCCAGGAACAUCAGUAGUAAGCUAAUUUACUGGAGUCAGGCGGCACAACGUCACCAGCUUACCAAUUGUGACCUCAUCGAUGCAACGCUGCUGCAGUGGAACAGUUCUUCUCCGUUGUUGUGAUACCAGAUUAAUUUAGAGAACGAAGCAGCUGUUCAUACAGUUGUUACCAAAUGCAACUAUUAUCAUGGGAAGAGGUUUCUAGAGCAGGAUCUAUCUUUUUUUUCCCCCCCAGCCAAAAAAUAUAAACAGUUUUCUUAAAAAAAUUAAAAUAUAAUCUGGAAAAAGAUUGUGCUUUUGAUUUAAACCCGUAUUUUCUGAGAAGAAAAAUCCUUAGCAAAACUUCCUUUAAAAGUUUGAGACUUCAUCGUGUGUCCUUCUGGCUCCUGUUUGAGUUGAUGUACAGUGAAGGCUGGUUCCUAACUUUUGCAUACGUUUGUUGUAUUUCAGCAACUUCUUUGAGUCACAUUGCUUUAAAUGUGCUGUUCCUUGUUUUCUCAGUUCAUGGAUUUUCUUGAACACAAAGAAAGCUCACUGUAGUUUCAGUUUUCACUGUAAUCAUAUCGACUCAUCUUCAGGUACUUCUCACCAACGAGCCACGGAGCUGUGUCAUCAGGACUAUGACCGUACAUCUGACAACUAUGCCAAGAUCCUCCUCCUUUGUUUUUGUAGUUUAUUUUCUUCCUGUAAACUGUAAUAUAAAGAUGUUUCCUUAUGUACAAUACUUAGUGUAGAU